CCUCUAAACUAAAACCCUAAUUUCCGACAAAUUUGAAGAAAUUUUUGCAGAUUCAAUUCCUAAGAAUCUGUGAGAGAAUUAGCUUCGAUGGAUUCUGGGGAUGACAGUGAUGUUCCAAUUGAGCCCAAAAAGGGGAAAUCUAAGACUCCUAGAAAAACUAAAGAAAGCGUUCUCAAGCAAAAAUCACCAGCGGAAUUCUUUGCGGAGAACAAGAAUAUUGCUGGAUUUGACAAUCCUGGGAAGUCCCUAUACACUACUGUGAGAGAGUUGGUUGAAAAUGCUCUUGAUUCUUCAGAGUCUAUAUCAGAGCUUCCUGUUGUGGAAGUUACAAUUGAAGAGAUAGGGAAGAGUAAGUUCAAUUCUAUGAUUGGUCUCAUUGAUCGGGAGCGAGUUGAUCAGGAAUUAUAUGAUGAUUAUGAGACAGCUAAAGCUCGUGAGAAACGCCUGGCAAAGGAAGCCCGUGAUCUGGAAAUCCAUGCAAAAAAUGCAGCUUUGGGGAAGAAAGUUAAAGAGACUGCUGCAAAAGCUAGCAAAGGCCGCGGUGAAGCCUCUUUUUUCAGGGUGAUAUGUAAGGACAAUGGAAAAGGAAUGCCGCAUGAUGACAUACCUAAUAUGUUUGGGAGAGUUUUAUCUGGAACGAAAUAUGGACUGAAGCAAACACGUGGGAAAUUCGGAUUAGGGGCUAAGAUGGCUUUGAUUUGGUCCAAGAUGAGCACUGGACUACCUAUAGAGAUAUCAUCAGCAAUGAAAGGCCAUAAUUAUGUAUCAUUCUGCAGGCUGGAUAUUGACAUUCAUCGGAAUAUUCCACACAUUCAUAUACAUGAAAAACGUGAAAAUAAGGACCGUUGGCAUGGAGCUGAAAUUCAAGUUGUCAUUGAGGGAAAUUGGACUACCUACCGGUCUAAGAUAUUGCAUUACAUGCGUCAGAUGGCUGUCAUCACCCCUUAUGCUCAAUUUGUCUUCAAAUAUAUCUCAGAAACACCCGAUAAAAAUGUGACCAUAGGAUUUGCACGAAGAACUGAUGUAAUGCCUCCUAUACCCAUGGAAACAAAGUAUCAUCCAUCUGCUGUUGAUCUAUUACUCAUUAAGCGGCUUAUUGGUGAAACUUCAAAGCAGAAUUUGCUACAGUUUCUUCAACAUGAUUUCGUGAAUAUAGGAAAACCUCAUGCUCAGCGUCUGAUUGGUGAAAUGGGCCCAGAAUUUAGCCCUAAAAUGGCUGUAAAAUCACUCACCUCACAGCAGCUCGUUCGCAUACAUCAGUUGUUUCGUCAGGCUAAAUUUGGUGAUCCUAGUGGAGAUUGCCUCAGCCCUGCAGGAGAGUACAAUCUUCGGUUAGGUAUCAUUAAAGAGUUGCAUCCUGAUAUGGUUGCUACUUACUCUGGCAGUGCUCAAGUAUUUGAAGGCCACCCUUUUCUUGUAGAAGCUGGAGUCAGUGUUGGUGGCAAAGAUGUUAAACAAGGUUUAAACAUCUUCCGGUUUGCCAACCGAAUUCCACUUCUCUUCGAGCAAGGUGCUGAUGUUGUUACGAGGACGGCUAUAAAGAGGAUCAAUUGGGGCAGUUACAAAAUUAACCAGAAUCAGGACAAGGUCGGAGUCUUUGUCAGCAUUGUUAGCACAAAAAUCCCAUUUAAAGGGACUGGAAAGGAAUACAUUGGUGAUGACAUCAGUGAGAUAGCUGCGGCAGUCAAGUAUGCUAUUCAGCAAUGUUGUAUCCAGUUGAAGUCCAAGAUAGUGAAGAGAAUUCAGGCCAGGGAACAACAGGAAAGAAAGAGAAAUAUGAGCAAAUACAUUCCAGAUGCUGCAAAUGCCAUCUAUGAUGUGCUUAAAGAGGCGGCACAAUUGCAUACAUCAAAAAAGAGAAAGUAUGAAGGCGAGGAUGCAGAAAUACUGAGAAAGGUGUCAACUCGUGCUUUAACAACAGAGACACUUAAAGAGAAACUCGCUAGACAUGUUGAGCAGGUCGAUUAUGAAAUGGCUCUUGAAUAUGCUACACAGGCUGGAGUUAGCGAUGAACCUAGAGAAGCUUUUCAUGUACAGUCACUAGAAUCGGAAAACAACUUCAUUGACCUGCACAGUCCUGUUUUUGUUUUCAGACUUUUCCAGUAGAAUCAGGACUUGAUGAUCAAGUGAGUUGGUGUGCCAAUCACCUUUUCCCCGGUACUGAAGAGUGAUUGUCAAUCUGUUAUGAUAUCAUCCUCUCCCUGUGGUAAACCAGAUAGAAGGAAUGCUUUUCCUCAGACUUGUGGGCUAUUGUCAAUGUUGAAAACUGUAUACUUGACAUAUUGUAUAGUGUAUAAUUGACAUGGCUCUUACUUUUUUUUAAUUAUUUUUUUUUAUUUUUUAAUGUGAACCUGACUUGAAAUUGCAAUGCUAAGGAGAUGGUAGGAAACAGUUAUAGUAUUAUCUUCCUAUGUCCAUGUAUUAUAUUCUUUCAACAUGUUGAUAUAUAAUGGUUUAUGUACAUCCUUUUGGUGGAGAUGCAUUAUGUUCUUCCCCAUUGUCGGUAUUGAAACUGUUGCAGUGCCGUGCCUUCAACCUUAGACUGGGAUCGUCUUUUUUAACCUCAUCUCAACCUUUGCUUGAUUCAGCCACAUGUACUCAUCAUCCACUGACUUGUCUUUGCUUUAUAUGGCUCAAGCUUGUCUGAUGACCCACCCAGAGGACCGUUCCAUUGAUCUCUUAUUUUGGGUUGAACCUCAAUUAUACAGUAUGUAAUGUAUGUUUUGGAUUUGAAGUAUCCAUGCAUACAAGAUCCUU